CAUUAACACCUGUGGUGGAACCAUGGGCAGAACCGGCGUGGGGGACUGCCAGUCUGCUCCACGUUACUGCUCUGGGGUCGAGAGGAGUGAGUUCUCCAGAUGGCUUGUUUUGGGUGGAAGAGAAAGAUUGGUGAGAAGGUUUCAAGAGCCACUUCUCAGCAAUUUGAAGCAGAAGCUGCGGAUGAAAAGGAUCUGGUUGGCGAUGAUGAUACUAACUGGGUGCAUGCAACUAAGAGAAGAAAGGAAAUUCUCUUAGAAGACUGUGUGAAGAAAAGUAAGGAGCUCAAGGAUGAAGGUGCAGACUUGGCUGAAAAUAGGAGGUACCGAGAGGCUAUUUUCAAGUGGGAUGAAGCACUUCAAUUAACUCCAGAGGAUGCUACACUUUAUGAGAUGAAAUCACAGGUCCUGAUGUCUUUACAUGAAGUGUUCCCAGCAGUGCAUGCAGCAGAAAUGGCUGUCCAGAGAAACCCACGUUCCUGGGAUGCCUGGCAGACUUUGGGACGUGCCCAGCUUGGAUUAGGAGAGAUAGCACUGGCAAUCCGAAGUUUCCAGGUAUCCUUACACAUCUUUCCAAUGAACCCCGAAGUAUGGAAAGAGGACCUUUCCUGGGCCAGAAAACUACAUGAACAGCAGAAGGCAACAAAGACUGAAUCAGUGCAAGCACUAGUGAAAGAAAAGGAGCUUGCACAAGAACCAAUCCCUGACUAUGACUUUGAAAGUGAUGAAAUUGUGGCAGUAUGUGCUGCCAUCGCAGAGAAGGAGAAAGCUCUUUCAGCAGCUAAAACGGUAGUGAUUGUGUCUGCUUCAGGUACAGUAGAGACUGUUACUGAGAAGGACAAUUGUCCCACAACUCCUGAUGAAACCCUCUUCAUCAGAGCCCGAUAAGACAGCCUCAUGGGUUGCCAUCCUGUUUUAAGAACUAGUGUUAUUUAUUGUGUUUAUCUUGCUUUGUGUUUGUUUGUUUGUUUUCUUUUAGUGGUAGGAGAACCCACAAAAGUUAAAGAAUAGAAGUUAGUUUUCUUUUGUAAAUUAAAAAAUCAAUGACCUGAGUUGUUGCUCCACCCAUGUUUUUGGAGAAGAAAGCCAAGAGCUGAUUGUAAAAAGCUUAUGAACAAAUGGCCUCAAAUCGGGAGGCCUGGAGACACACCAUCUAUAACGCAGCUGUCUCCUUUGAGAACACACGCAGGAUCACCC